AUGAAGUUCGUCAACAUCGCCCUUGCCCUCAUGGCAGCCACUGCUGUCUCGGCCGCUCCUGGUCGUACCAUGCAGAAGUGGUGCGGUCAUCCCGGUCAGGGUUGUGCCAAGCGCUCCGCUGAGCCUGCUCCCGUUGCCAUCGCCGAGCCUGAGCCCGUUGCUGCUCCUGGCCGUACCAUGCAGAAAUGGUGUGGUCACCCUGGCCAGGGCUGUGCCAAGCGCUCCGCUGAGCCUGCUCCUGUUGCUGUUGCCGAGCCUGAGCCCGUCCCCGCCCCUGGUCGUACCAUGCAGAAGUGGUGCGGUCACCCUGGUCAGGGGUGCUACAUGAUGAAGCGCACCGCCGAUGUGACCUUCGAGGUCAAGCGCUCCGCCGAUGCUCUCGCUGAGGCUAUGGCUGAGGCCCAGCCCGCUGCCCUUCAGAAGUGGUGCGCCCACCCUGGCCAGGGCUGUGCCAAGGUCAAGCGCACCGCUGACGCUGUUGAGGAGGUCAAGCGCUCUGCUGCGGCUCUCGCCGAGGCCAUCGCCUCCAUGGAGGAUGAGGAGUAG